GAGGAAGAGGUGAGGUCGCCGCGGUCGGCGACGCUCAGAGACGACAUCAAGAUCUCGGUGGAGACGACCACUUGUACCGACUCGCUCGUGACGGCCGUCGAGGAUGAGACAGCCUUCGUGAACGACUACAUCUCCCCCGAGAUGAACUUCCGCGAUGUCAGUAAAGUGCACUUCGGCGGUGACGAUGUCUCCCUGUACGGCACGCCCAAGGAGGAGCUGGGACCCGGGCAGCUCUGCGUCGGGGGCUCCGGCGGUGCCCAGCCCGGGGGCGCCGAGCCCAAGCCCUCUUUCCUCAAGAACCAACUGCAGGCCCUCUUCCAGCCCACCGAUAAUAAACUGGCCAUGAAGCUCUUCGGCUCCAAAAAGGCCCUUAUGAAGGAGAGAAUCCGGCAGAAGGCGGCGGGACACUGGAUCAUCCACCCCUGCUCCAACUUCAGAUUCUACUGGGACCUGUGUAUGCUGUUCCUGUUGGUGGCCAAUCUCAUCAUCCUGCCUGUAGCCAUUUCCUUCUUCAACGAUGACCUCUCCACUCGCUGGAUCGCCUUCAACUGCCUCUCAGAUACCAUAUUUCUCAUAGAUAUUGUCGUCAACUUCAGAACGGGUAUCAUGCAGCAAGAUAACUCCGAACAGGUCAUACUGGACCCGAAAUUGAUAGCCAAGCAUUACCUGAAGACCUGGUUCUUCCUCGAUCUCAUCUCCUCCGUUCCACUAGACUACAUUUUUCUUAUAUUUAAUCAGUACCGUGACAAAGAGGACUUCAGCGAGAGUUUCCAGAUCCUGCACGCGGGGCGGGCGCUGAGGAUCCUGCGCCUGGCGAAGCUGUUGUCUCUGGUGCGCCUGCUCCGCCUCUCCCGUCUCGUGCGAUACGUGUCGCAAUGGGAGGAGGUCUAUAUACUUAAGAACCAUCGUAAAAAACACAGUGAGAGAAGGAGCGCUGCCGGUGGCUCAGAUGCCCUGAACAAACGUAAAAGGAAGUCGUACAAACUAUACAAUAUUCCAUUUUUUAAGUUCCUCAACAUGGCGUCGGUGUUCAUGCGUAUCUUCAACCUCAUCUCCAUGAUGCUUCUGAUCGGCCACUGGUCGGGGUGUCUCCAGUUCCUCGUCCCCAUGCUCCAGGGCUUCCCUUCCAAUUCCUGGGUAGCCAUUAACGAACUCCAGAAGUCCCAUUGGUUGGAGCAGUAUUCAUGGGCAUUCUUCAAAGCCAUGUCUCACAUGCUCUGCAUUGGGUAUGGGCGAUUCCCGCCUCAGAACUUGACCGAUUUGUGGCUCACCAUGAUCUCCAUGAUAUCGGGCGCCACCUGCUAUGCCCUAUUCAUCGGUCAUGCCACCAACCUCAUCCAGUCCCUGGACUCGUCGCGACGCCAGUACCGGGAGAGGCUGAAACAGGUUGAAGAGUAUAUGGCGUACCGUAAGUUACCACGGGAGUUACGCACACGGAUAACAGAGUACUUCGAGCACAGGUACCAGGGGAAGUUCUUCGACGAGGAGAUGAUCCUAGGGGAAUUGUCGGAGAAGCUCAGGGAGGACGUGAUAAACUUCAACUGCAGGGCCUUAGUUGCUUCCGUGCCAUUUUUUGCCAAUGCUGAUGCACGUUUUGUGACUGACGUGGUUACCAAGCUGAGAUACGAGGUGUACCAACCAGGUGACAUUAUCAUCAAGGAAGGUACCAUUGGGAACAAGAUGUUCUUCAUUCAAGAAGGCAUUGUUGAUAUUGUAAUGUCCAAUGGAGAAGUGGCGACGUCGCUGAGCGAUGGCUCCUACUUUGGCGAGAUCUGCCUCCUGACUAAUGCCCGGCGGACAGCAUCAGUGAGAGCGGAGACUUAUUGCAACCUUUUCAGCUUGAGUGUCGAGCACUUCAACACCGUCUUGGACUCGUAUCCUCUCAUGAGACGGACAAUGGAGAGUGUAGCGGCAGAAAGGCUCAACAAGAUAGGGAAGAAUCCAUCGAUUGUGAGCAAUAGAGAAGACUUGACAAACGACUGCAAGACUGUCAAUGCUAUCGUCAAUGCAUUAGCAUCGGUGGCUGCAACGGAGCAGUGUGACGGAGGAACUAGUUCCGAAGAGUCUAUGAUGACACACGAUGCUCACGGCCACAAAAGUCGCCAUCAUCAUCAUCAUAAUUUAUUAGAUUUAGGGUCAAUAGGAAAAGCACUAGCGAAAGGUCACUUACCCAGACCAAAGAGUGAGAAUAACUUUGCUCUCUCCUUUGAUCAGCCUUCUCCCCUCAACCGCAACCGCCCUUCUUUUCACAAGUCUGACACUUUUCACAAAGAUACUUCUUUCCAAUAGCAGGUGGCCCCCGCCCAUGCACUUAUGCUCUUGGGCGCGACAGCUGAUUUAUUUUGUACUAUUGUGAAACACGGAGAGAGACCGACUGAUUUGCACCAACAGCAAAUAGCUAAAACAAACUUCCAAGCACAUAGUGAGCAGUCUUUGUGAUCUGCCCUUCUAGUGGAUUUUGUAGAUGAAAAGGACUUUGUUAGUAUGUUUAAUAGGUUGCUCACACUACUGAAGGAACCUCUGUUAAACAGAGGGCUGGUGGGAAACCGCUGUCCCCUUUCAACCUCUCAGUGCUUAGAAGUGAGACAACACUUGCAAAGAGCGGACGAUAUCUACAUCAUCAUCAACAACAACAACAACAACAACAACAACAGCAACAAAACUAAACCUCUCUGACAUAGGAAUUAAAAGUUAAAAUUGAAAAUAGUUUUAAAACUGUUGUAUUGUUAUUGCUUCAAAUAAUUAUUAUUAUUAUUUGUUAAUAUGAGAAGGUGCCAAAGUCCAAAGAGAUCUGGCAUGUGACUGGUGGUAGAGUCUGUGUUCCUGACAAACCAAAAAAGUCUUACUGACAAAAAAAAGUCUUAUUGGAAUUGCAGAAAAGCAAUAAUUCGCAAUGAAAGUGCAUUCUUGUUCAGUGCAGUUAAUAAAGGCAUGACAUGGGUACAACAUAUCUACAUGGGGUGAUACAUAUGUUACUAUGAUAAUGUUUUGUAAAGUUUUACAUUGUGAGGUUUUUUAAAAAGUGUUGAAUGGCUUUGAAUACUGUAAACAUGGGAAUAUUUAUCGUCAACUGGAGUUUUUAUAUGGUAAGAGUGUGUUAUUAAAUCUAGUUAUAAGGUCCCAGCAGCUUAGCUGUGUGGUGCCCAUGUAUGCUGUACAAAGCUCACCGUUCUCUGAGGAGCUUCACAGAUGCGAUCCAGAGCUCAUGUAGACUCUAUUGCGCUUUGCUGAGCGAUAGAGUCUAUGCAUACUGCUUGAAGCUCCUGUGUGUUUUAUGCAGUCCAUUUAUGACUGAGAAUGCUCAUGAAGGCUCUUUGCAACAUAAGUGAACUGUGUGAAGCACAUACAUUUUGUUAAAGGCUAAUAUGUGUGAACUAAACCUGAUUUAUGUCGUGUAUGAUUCGGAGAUUCAAGACUUGAUUGAGUAAAUGCCUUGGUAUACAUGAAAUGUGUAUGACAAAAACGUGAGGUCAGGAACAAGAGAAAAAGAUGAGGAAGACGAAUUAAGUAAGGAAGGAAGGAAGGAAGGAGGAGGAAAGAAAGAAGACAGGCAGAGAAAGAGACUUUUUUCUGGUCACAGAAGUAAGCUGCUUCAUGUCAUGGGGUGGUUGUUAUCCCCAACUGUGAUUGAUGCAACAGAUCAUUACUUCAUCUUACCGUUUACACCACUGAGUACACAAGCCUUUCGUGCAUGGGUUUUUCUGCACACUGAAAUGGUAGUUAAGUAUUUAUAAACUCUCAGACCACAUGAACAAAGUCGUAGUUUUUCGUAAUACAAAAAUAUUUUCAAAAUUCCCUGUUUUGCUAAUGCUACAUUUUUGUAGUUAAGAAGAGAGUCCUGUACAUAGUAAAAGGUUAUGUAAAUAUACAAGCAUUUUGAUAAAAGCACUACAGCAUCAGGGAAGUCCUAUGAUAUAUGUAUAUAUUGGUUCAAGCAAGCGUGAUUUUUUUCCUGCUUGUUCAGUGGUGAGGCGAUAUGGUCAUUUCAUGAUAUACCACACAGUUUCAUGCAAUCAUUAGAUCAUUUCAUAAUCAUGCCAAUUCAGAGUUUAUUUUCGCUCGUCAGUAAGGAUAGUAAAAUAUGCAAUAAUUAAUGUCCACAUGUAGAACCAUGAGCUCAAAUAGGGGCCCUAGGAGUGUAGUGCUAAUUUUGACAUUGCUUUCUAGCUAAUAGAACAGUGCUCACAACUUGCAACUACAUCGGAAAAGCAAGGCGGCACAAUAUAAGACGUGUGCUGAUUCAACCCCAAUAGAAUUUGUGAAAGUGCUUCUUGUAGGUUAACUUGUUGAAUAAUGUUUACGUGUGAAUGAAUGUUAUCUAGAUACUUAGACAGUGCAAGACCGAUAUCUUUACUUUUUUGCAGAAUUCAAAAGAACAUUCAUCCAGUAGGACCAAGAAAGCAAUGUGAAAAUGUUACUUUGGUUUCCUUUUCUUCUCUCUCUCUCUCUCUCUCUCUCUCUCUCUCUCUCUCUCUCUCUCUCUCUCUGUUGUUUCAUCUCUCCUCUCUCACUCACACAUCCUCUCU